CUACUGCGUGCCAAGGACGGUGCUAGCAGAGCAGAUGCGUCUGUUGUGCUUAUUUACCGGUUUUGCUGUCUGUCAGGGGACUGUGUCAGGUUUCCUUCUCCACAGAGCUCCCCCUUCUGCUUGGUGUCAGCUUGUGGCUUGAGACUGAAAGGGUCCUUUCCCACCUCUCCAUCAAGGCAGCUGAAAGCAGCAGUGCAGCCAGAACAACAGCCAAGGCAAUUGUUUGCAUAGAAGAACUCUUCUUCUCUGGUUGCCCUGCCACAGCACCCUUUCCCUCUGGACACUAUUUUGGAAGCUUUCCAGACACCUGACCUGGGUGUCACCGCUCAUCAUCUCUGUUCUCUGCAAUAACAGAAAAAAAGAGGACGAAUCCACAUCGCAGAAGGGAAACUAUUGAAACCGGAGUGGAGGGAGGGAAACCUGCCAGAGACACACACCUCCUUCCCCUACUCAGAGUGCCACAGGCAAGAAUUUUGCUUCCUGACAGCAACAACAGAAGCUCCAACAAGGCUGUCAGCCUGAAAUCGUGUCCAAGAGCAUCUUUACAAGAGUUCAAGGAAGCUUAUUUGGCAUCGGUUCCAGGGAACGCCAACCACUAUUUAAUUUCUCAGUGGACCUAAGGAUUUCAUCAAGAUUAACAUCAAGCUCUUUCCAGCCUUCUUGGUUCUCUAAAUUUGUACUGAAUUCCUGACAUCCAGAGAGGGCAGAAAAUGGCUGAAGGUGAAAUAACAACAUUCACAGCCUUGACCGAGAGGUUUGCUCUCCCAAUGGAGAAUUACAAGAAGCCCAAACUCCUGUAUUGCAGCAAUGGAGGCCACUUCCUGAGGAUCCUUCCAGAUGGAAAAGUGGAUGGCACCAUGGACCGGAAUGACAGCUAUAUUCAGUUGCUGUUAACAGCAGAAGAUGUGGGUGUGGUAUAUAUAAAAGGCACUGAGACCGGGCAGUACUUGGCCAUGGAUGCCAAUGGACAUUUAUAUGGCUCGCAGUUGCCAACAGAAGAGUGUUUAUUUGUGGAAACGCUGGAAGAAAACCAUUACAAUACAUAUACCUCAAAGAUGCAUGGCGAUAAGAAGUGGUAUGUUGGCUUGAAAAAGAAUGGGAAAGGCAAACUGGGGCCACGGACUCAUCGCGGCCAAAAGGCAAUACUUUUCCUUCCACUGCCAGUAUCACCUGAUUAGAUAGUUUCCCCAUGGAAUAAAACCUGUCCUUCAGAAUCCAGCAGCCAGUAGCUUCCUCCUAUCUUCUCUUUUGAUUCUCUCUCCCGCUGGUGAAUGUGAAUGAAAACAUGAGGAAAAGUGAAAAAGUGAAAAAUAGAAAGGGAUUUCAUAUGAUAUGCAUCUAAUAUAAUAUACAACAAUGGUAUUCUCUCACAUAUGUCCCCAAAAUAAAUCUAUUUUCUUUGUGUAUUUCUGCCUGUCAGGGGGUUGGACUGCGUGGCACUUGUGGUAUCUUCCAAUUCUGUUAUUCAAUAAAUCAAAUCACUUAUAGGCAUUGAUAGGCACAUGUCUGUGUGUGCAGCUUGAACAGCACAUAUUAAAGCUUCCCAUGUUUUGAAACAUUUAGAUUGUUUGAUCUAACUUUCAAAACAACUUUAAUCAUUUUUAUAUAUCAUGUGGAUGCAUAAUCAACAAUAUUGAAUCUAUAUUUUAGUUUAAAACAAAUAAACCCUGCAUUUAGGACCAAGACAAAUGAAUCAUUUCUUAUUUAUGCAACCUUGUCUGGUUCUUGGCAAUAUCAGCAAUAUGUAAUAUGUAUUUAUUUAUUAAGCAAAUCUAUAGAACUAUACUUUCUCAAAUGUUGAAAAAUUGUAACUAUAGACAAUGAAGCUGUGUGAGAUAUAUAUAUAUAUAUAUAUAUAUAUAUAUAUAUAUAUAUAUAUAUAUAUCUCACCAAUGACUUACAUGAAUAUUUCUUGAAUAUUUUCUUAACAAAAAAAUAGGAAACAAAUACAGAAAAAUUGUGGGUAAUUGUGGGUUGGAUCUGGGUUGGAUCUGGAGUGAGUUAUUUCAUUAUAUUGCUUUUCAUUACUUCCAAGUAGAAUAGGACACAGUUGAAAUUCCAUCAUGCUAUCCUGGCUUUAGCAUAUCACAGCUGUAUUGGUAUUGAAACUCAUUUGAAUGUAAGCACACACUGGAAAGUCUAGAAAUCAGCAAGACAUCAUUUACUAUUUGGAGCGGUUGCUUAUUGUGCCAUUGAGAGAGUAUUUUGACCUCCACAAUGACUACAAUGACAUAACUUGGGACUUAUGCCAUCAGACCUCUCAAACAGGAUGAUGGUCAGUGUUUUGAAGAAAGCAAUUCACUGAUUGUUUUGCAACACAUAGAUCUAUAAUUGAGGCUUAUCCAAGACAUUUUGCUGUUGGAAGUAAAGGACAGGAUUGCAUUUUCUCUCUGUUCCAUGUAAGCCAACUAGACUGCCAACAACAACACUAGUAACAGGAUCACAUCCUCCAUUGCAUCUCAUGUAGCAAACUAGCUGGUGGGGACAAUAAAGGUGUAGCAUACACAGCCAGUAGGGGAAUGGCUGGCAAGCCUAAAAGAAACAACUAGAAGGAUGAUCCUGCUGCUUCCCAGUAUCCAUCACCUGAAGCGACUUCCAGUUUCUCAAGUCGCUCCUGACACGAAAAAAAACAAAAAACAGCUCUUUGUAUUGCAGUUUUGUCAAAUCACUAUAGGGCUGCAUAUUUUGUUCAUUUGUAUGUGAAAACACAUAAGGAACAGAAUCAUGCUCUUCUCCACAUGUGUAUCCACAAAUAUAAGAUCUGCAGAGUCCUAUCGUAGUUUGGGAAUGCUAUAUUGAUUUAUCAAUCAGAAAACAAUCAAUGAAUUACCUUCUUCCAUAGGUAGAUAAUUUAACUUCUUCCUUGGGCAUUUCCUUAACACAAAAUGCUACCUUGGAUAUUAAUUGAAUUUUUAAAUGUUCAAUUUCUAUCUAUUGGCAAUGUAUAUCUAUUGUGUAUAUUUAAUUGCAGAUUUUGAAUUGCAAACAGCCUUUCAGUCUCCCCCUUUGUGUGUAUAUUAUGUGUUUGUAUGUGUAUAUAUGUGUAUGUGUGUAUGUAUCAUACUGUACUUCAUAAAUAACAUACAUCAAAAACUCCUUCAUCAGCCACAUGUUUAGCCUGCCACAUUUCUAACUGUAAAGAGGCACAAACAAGUGAUUGUGAUGUUUGUUGUAGUUCUUAGAGGUGUGUAAUAUAUCCAAAUUUCUGUUGUGUUAUUGACCUGUUUUCUGGCAAUUCCAAGCCAUCAGCAGCAACAUUUCAUUCAUACCCUCGGGAAGGUUAUUUUUAAUUAGGAGACUUUUAAAGGACAAAGAAAGGGGCAUUUUCUCUUCUCCUUUCUUUUUUUAAAUUUUUAUUGGAGUUACAGUGCAUAUGUGAAAUGUUAUCUUUGCAUUACACAAUUUAACUCUAAGAAAAAAAAACUGAAAAGAGAGUUUUGCUUUCCAAAACAAAAAAACUGAGCAAGCCCUACUGCAGAUCCAAGAAAUGGCUGCAAACAACCUCCCGCCCCCAAAUAAUUCCUUGAAUGAAUGCAGAGUGUGACAAAGAAAUAACAAAACCUAGCAAAACUAAAGCUGUUAUAUUGCAAGAAUCUACUCUUCAUUCUUAGCCUGAAAGAGGCCACAAUCUUGGCAUUUUCAUUCCUAGCUUUGCAGUUUGUAUUUACUUUCAGAUGAAUUUAACCAGCAGAAAGAUUUGUUUCAAUAUACAUGUGCUGCUCUUAUUUGAGUAUAUCAAGUAACGAAUUCCAUGGUAUACUGAUUAGGUAUCAGUCUGCUGUCUGUCAUUAUUUCCCACUUUUUGUCCUGCCAAAGGAUUUUUUAAACUUUCUCACUAAUGGGUGUACUAAUCAUGUUUGUUUGUUUGUUCUUGCCAUUAUUCAUUCCUAAUGAUGUACCUUGCUUCAAAACAAACAUGGAUAUGGGACACUGUAACUAUGAACUAUCUAUUCCCAAAAUAGCACUGCAUAGCAGAGUUAUGAAUUCCUGCAGGCCAAUUUGCUAAUAACAAUCCUAAAUAAACAAAAUACUGACAUUUCUA